AUGGAUAAUACACAGCAUCACAAUCUUUUCCCACUUCUCUAUGCUAAUUUGCAAAUUUCUGAUGAUGACAGAGCAACCAUGGAUGAAUACUCACUUCAAAUGCACAAGGUUUGCAUCACCCUGUUUAAACUUAUGGGGGCGAAUCUUGGUGUAGACCCAGACAAAUUAUGCAGCAUCUAUCAAGAUGGCAUACAGGGAAUAAGAAUGAAUUAUUAUCCACCUUGCCAGCAAGCAGACAAAGUUAUUGGCCUGACUCCGCACUCUGAUGCAACAAGACUGACCUUAUUAGUUCAGGUCAAUGAUGUUCAAGGCCUGCAAAUCAAGAAAAGCGAUACAUGGAGAAUGAGCAAUGAGGAAUAUAGCAGCAUUGAGCAUAGAGCUAUCGUGGAUUUCCACAAAGAAAGACUUUCAAUUGCUGCAUUUCACGGAACAAAUUUCACAGCAAAAGUUGGCCCUCUAGCAGAUCUUGUCAAAGAAAUUGGACCACAAUACAAGACAACAGAAACCGAAAGCCUUCUCAGACUGUAUCUAAGCAGCUAA